AUGGCCACAAUCUCAAGUGACAGUCGUCCGGCGGCGCAGCCAGCCACGCUUUUUGCAAGCGCUACUACUCGGCCGCCAUCCCUGACUCACUCCUCCAUUCCUGCCCCAUUAUCCUCCAACACCGACACCACAAAUAUCUCAACCGCCCCAAGCCCCAGUGUUCUGACUCCUUCAGGAGUAGUGUCGGACGGUUUUAACCCGUCAGGGGCUCACGCCAGCAGCCCGCACACCUCCCAGCCCGGAGGCUCGCUAUACUACUCGGGCCACAUGACAGGCUCGUGGCCAACGCCGGGCUUGUCCCAACCUCCCGCGUACACGUACGGGAAUUCCGGCUCCAGCGGCCCUGGCUCAGGCUCGCUUGCUCAACCGCCGUAUAAUCGAACAUCGGCAUCCUAUAGUUCAGCCCCCUCGCCGUCCCAACAUAACUUCCCCGGUCGCGCUUCAACAUCGGCCCCGAACGGCGAAUCUGUACCAGCACCGCACUCCUAUCAGGACCAACCAAGCUUUCCGAGCCCAGUAGGCGUUGGAGGAGCCGGGGCUGGCGGAGGAAGCAGCCUCGGGUCGCCGCUCAACGCCCCAGGGGGCCACCAGCCUGGGCUUGCCCAGCCCAUGCUCAGCAACCCGACCCAAAACACGACACGUCAAGCGCCAGCUGGGCAGAACAACCCAGGAGGAGGCCCUGCCACGACACAAGACGGAGGCUCCUACCGCUCCCCAGCUACCUACUACCCACAAACGACGGCGCCGCAGCAGCCCUCAUUUUCUUCUUACGCCACCCCAGCGACACAGCCAUCACCGACAACUGCCUCCCCCGCUACGUCUUCAGGGUCCGUCCCACGAGGUGCCGGCUCGAUUCCGGCAAUGGCCCCGCCGCUACAAUAUCCAGGCGGACGCGGCCACCCGGUACAGGCUAUGAUGUCGUAUGCAUCAUAUAGCCCAACGUCGGGCCCAGUCAUGAGCAAUAUGCACCACCCAGGAGCUCCUUUGGCCAUAGUAGGCGGCAUUUCGGGGAUAUCCAGCUAUACCCACUCAGGGAUGUCUUCUCAGCACCCGCAUCCCCUUUACGUCCAUCACCCGGGCGGCCCAGCGCCACAAUCUGAACGCCCUUUCAAAUGCAACGAAUGCCCACAGGCCUUCAAUAGGAAUCACGACUUGAAGCGGCAUCAGAGGAUACACUUGGCUGUCAAGCCGUUCGGGUGCGAAGACUGCGAAAAGAGGUUUUCGAGGAAAGACGCACUGAAGCGUCAUAAACUCGUCAAGGGGUGCGGCAGCACUUCACCUCCAGGAGCGGCGGGGCCUGUUACCGGCGGCAACGAAAGUGCCCCGGAUGAUCGCAGUGCUGCGGCAAGCGGCGACAGGGACCAUAGCCCAAAACCGAUCAAAAAAGAGCGCUGA